UUGCCUGUCUGUGUUCCGAACUGUGGAGAGCGCCGAACUGCACUCUGGCAGAGCAGGAUCCGUCGUGAUUAGCAUGUUUGCAUUGCUCUCAUCAGGGCUGCAGUUGAUUGACUGACUGACUGACAUCUUCGGAAGGAAUCUUGGAUCAUGUUAGAUUGUCAAUCGGAGCUUACACUACAAAAACACUGUGCUUCAGGUGUUUCGAAUUCUUCGUAAAUUCUGAGACUUCUGACGAUGAUGAUGAAGAAGAAGAAGUGGUCAGGAAUUUGGUUUAAGCCUGGAUCGUGUCUGAACCCUGACUUUUGAUUUUGUUUUGCUCUGUUCUGUGGGUGUGUUCGGUAUUUUGUGGCCAGGGGAUGUGGUGGUUUUGAGAUGAAGUCUGCGUUACAGGGGAGGUUGAAGUGCGUUUGGGAUUUUUGGUGAGGGGUUUUGGGGUUUCUGGUGGUGGGAGAACCAGGGUUGAGAGGUGCAGGAUUGUUUGACGGAUUGCGUAGGUGGGGUGAUUUUAUGGAACUGAGGUGCUUGUUCAGUGUGAGAUGGUGAAAUCGGACCCAGAUACCAUCAUGGAAGCUACGGCGGCAGCUCAUUUCUCUGGGCUGCACUUUGAUGAUCAGUAUCCGGUGCCAAAUUACAAGGGCUCUAACAAGGUCCCCUUCGUAAUAGGAGUGGCAGGAGGUACUGCGUCGGGGAAGACGACUGUGUGUGAUAUGAUCAUUCAACAGCUGCAUGAUCACCUUGCUGUGCUUGUCAAUCAAGACUCUCUCUCGCUCUCGCUCUUUUCCACCUUCGCUGACUCUCAGAUUCCGGCUGAUUCCUUCUACCGUGGGUUGACACCUGAAGAGAUGGCUAAUGUGGGAGAGUAUAACUUUGAUCACCCUGAUGCUUUAGAUACGGAGCAACUAUUGGAGUGCCUUGGGAAUUUGAAAGCCAAUCAACCUGUUCAGAUACCCGUGUACGAUUUUAAGAACCAUCAACGCUGCAGUGAUAGGUUUCGGAAGGUGAAUGCAUCUGACGUGGUCAUCUUGGAGGGCAUUUUGGUCUUCCAUGAUGCUCGUGUUCGGGAGCUUAUGAACAUGAAAAUCUUUGUUGAUACAGAUGCGGAUGUCAGGUUAGCACGACGGAUAACGAGGGACACUCUGGAGAGAGGCAGAGACGUUAACGGUGUGAUUGAUCAGUAUGCAAAGUUUGUGAAGCCAGCAUUUGAUGAUUUUAUUUUGCCAACAAAGAAGUAUGCGGAUGUCAUCUUACCCCGUGGUGGAGACAAUCAUGUGGCAAUUGAUCUUAUGGUCCAGCACAUUCGUAUGAAACUUGGUCAACAUGAUCUCCGCACGAUAUAUCCGAAUGUUUUUGUCAUACAAUCUACAUUUCAGAUUCGUGGAAUGCAUACUCUUAUUCGCGAUCAAGAAACUAACAAGCAUGACUUCGUCUUUUAUGCCGACCGUCUUAUCCGCUUGAUUGUGGAAAAUGGACUAGGACAUAUGCCCUUCACUGAGAAGCAGGUUAUCACACCGACAGGUUCAAUAUAUGUUGGAGUGGACUUCUGUAAGCAGCUUUGUGGAGUUUCCAUCAUCCGCAGUGGAGAGAGCAUGGAGAAUGCUUUGCGUGCGUGUUGCAAAGGCAUUAAGGUUGGAAAAAUUUUGAUUCAUAGGGAGGGAGAUGAUGGAAAGCAGGUACUACUUGUGAGAUGCCCUUGGUUAAAUGUCACGCUUAUUUCUCUUUAUCUUCUAGUUGUUUUCAAUGAAUCUCUGUCCCGAGGUGUUGAGUUAAUUCAAGGCUGCACAAUGUCAAAGAGGUUGAUAGUGUUUGUGCUCAUCUAUAAAAUGUGGUUGAUUAUAAUGCAGCUGAUAUAUGAGAAGUUGCCUAUUAACAUCGCAGACGGACACGUUUUGCUGAUGGAUCCCAUCCUUGGGACAGGAAAUUCUGCUGUCCAGGCUAUUGAAUUGUUAAUUCGAAAAGGAGUCCCAGAGUCUCACAUCAUAUUCUUAAAUCUUAUCUCGGCGCCUGAGGGUAUUCACAAAGUCUGCAAGCGCUUCCCACUUUUGAAGAUUGUGACAUCCGAGAUCGACGCAGGACUGAACGAGGAGUACCGUGUUGUUCCCGGGAUGGGUGAGUUCGGAGACCGUUACUUUGGAACAGAUGAUGAUGGGCCUGAACAGGUGUUCAAGGCUCCCAUAGAACCCAAACUUCAGCAAGGCCUUUACACGCCUUUUAAGAGACUUAGUCAUGUUGGUGAUGCCCAAGAUGGUCCUUUUCCCUCUUCUAUUGCUUAGGAUGAGUCUCACAGACAAGGUCAGUCACUCACUCACAUGUUUCACUGGGUGGGUUUCAGUUUCCUGUUGUUUCUCUGGGCCUUUGAUUCACCUGCCUUUCCUCUGACCAGUUUGUAGAGAACUGCCCACCUUCAAAUUCUGAUCACCUCCAGGAACUCUAUUUCUGUUUGAGAAGCUCACACGAAGGUCUAAAGCUAAUUUAAGCAUCAUCUUCAAUUCCAUUGCAUGCUUGAAAGCAAA